AUGGACUGGCCACACAACCUGCUAUUCCUUCUCACCAUCUCCAUCUUCCUGGGGCUGGGCCAGCCGAGGAACCCCAAAGGCAAGAGGAAGGGGCAAGGGCGGCCUGGGACCCUGGCCCCUGGGCCUCAGCAGGUGCCGCUGGACCUCGUGUCCCAGGCAAAGCCAUAUGCCCGCAUGGAGGAAUAUGAGAGGAACCUGGGGGAGAUGGUGGCCCAGCUGAGGAACAGCUCCGAACCGGCCAGGAGGAAGUGUGAGGUCAACCUGCAGCUGUGGCUGUCCAACAAGAGGAGCCUGUCGCCCUGGGGCUACAGAAUCAACCAUGACCCUAGCCGCAUUCCUGCAGACCUGCCGGAGGCGCGGUGCCUAUGUCUGGGCUGCGUGAACCCCUUCACCAUGCAGGAGGACCGCAGCAUGGUGAGCGUGCCCGUGUUCAGCCAGGUGCCUGUGCGUCGUCGCCUCUGCCCGCUGCCGCCACGCACCGGGCCCUGCCGCCAGCGCGCAGUCAUGGAGACCAUCGCCGUGGGCUGCACCUGCAUCUUCUGA